UUCCCGCAGCUGGUGGUGGAGAUCAACUCCCAGGUGGCGCUCUUUCGUGACCUGCUCAUCUGCGUGGGCCAGAGUCGCGACGGACCGGAGCUUAGGGAGAGGAUACGGAAAGUGAGGCGGCAGUGCGUCGACACCUGCAAGCACGCCUCCAGCCUCCUCCUGCCCUCGAUCAAAAAUGACGUGGCUGAGGGCAUCCCCGUGGACAACCAGAACUUCGUGCACCUCUUCUCCUGCACGCAGCUCAUGUCAAGGGAGCUGCGCAAGGGCAAACGCCUCGUCCAGACGAUGCCGGUUGACAUGACGGAGUAUUACGAGAACAAGCCUGGACCCUCCGGAAUGGGCGGCCUCGGCAUCAUCUCCCAGCUGCUGCUCUGCAAGACGCUACAGCCGGACUUCCAGCAGGAGGAGAUUUGCAGCAUCGAGAAGGACUUAGACGAGAUUAUGGCCAUCCUAAAGGAGAUGCAGGAGUAUAUGCCACAGGAGGAGGCCGGCUCGCGAAACCUGGCGCUCACCGGCGAGGACAUGUUCAGCAUCUGGAGCAAAAAGAGAACCCGGCGAUCGCUGUACCGCAACAUGAGCUCCCUCUGUUGUACAUGCAAACCCGCCUACUUGUAAUGCCCCAGAGUCUAGUUCUCCCGUCACUCCAUCACCCCCACCAUUACCACCCCCUCCACAACAGCCACCACCAACAACAACAACACCAUCCCCUCUUCCUCCUCCUCUUCCUCCUCCUCCCCUUUAUCAUCUUUCAUUAGUACCACCUCAGCAUCCAACAUCAUUCCUCCAUCGUCUCUAUCAGAAGCAUCUACUCUUCCACUUUCCGAGCAGCCAACACCUGCAGUCCCAUCUCACUUCCUCAGCCUCCAAUACCAUUCCUCCAGCGUCUCUAUCAGAACCAUCUACAUCUCAACCUCCUGAAAACUCAAAACCACACUAUACACCUUUAUCAGAAUCACCUGUAUCACUAGCUAUCUAUGCUAUCUAUGCUAUCUAUCAGACUUUCAAUCUUUCCUUCAGAUUCACCACUUCGAUAAACCAAGCAUCAUUCCUUCUUCACCCACUCCAUCAAAUCAAAUCAUCAAAAACAAACAAAACAAACCCUAUUUCUCUAUCACCCACCAUGUCAUCACUCUGUCAUAACCCAUUUCUCCCACCCCCUUCACCAGCAGUAUUCUCAACCAAACUUUCCCCACCAAGCCAAGCCAAAAGUACAACACACUCAACCAGGACUCCCCCAUUCACUCCAUUGCACUGCCCCUGUAAAGACAACCAAGAGGACAACCACCACCCCUGCCUCAACCACUACCCAAGUCACGGUCACCACCACACCAGCAAGUGACCCACCCACCUCCCUCCGUCACUGGUAUAAGCCCCACAGUUCUGAACACCCGCCCCAAGACUCCUCGGCU